AUGAGGACCUACCAAGUCAUCAUCCAGGGGUUCCGAAGUUACAGGGACCAGACUGUGGUGGAUCCUUUCAGUCCAAAGCAUUUUCUCACAGUGGGAAGAAAUGGAUCUGGGAAAAGUAACUUUUUCUACGCCAUUCAGUUUGUGCUCAGCGAUGAGUUCAGCCAUCUUCGCCCCGAACAGCGCCUGGCCUUGCUCCAUGAGGGAACUGGUCCUCGUGUCAUCUCAGCUUUUGUGGAGAUUAUAUUUGACAAUUCUGACAACAGGUUGCCGAUCGACAAAGAGGAGGUGUCCCUCCGCCGUGUCAUCGGCGCCAAGAAGGACCAGUACUUCUUAGACAAGAAGAUGGUGACUAAAAAUGACGUGAUGAACCUCUUGGAGAGUGCUGGUUUCUCCCGUAAACCCUACUACAUCGUCAAGCAGGGGAAGAUUAACCAGAUGGCUACAGCCCCUGAUUCCCAGCGUCUGAAGCUGCUGCGUGAGGUGGCAGGAACCAGGGUGUACGACGAGCGCAAGGAGGAGUCCAUCUCCCUCAUGAAGGAAACAGAGGGUAAGMGAGAGAAGAUCAAUGAGCUGCURAAGUACAUUGARGAGCGUCUCCAGACCCUGGAGGAUGAGAAGGAGGAGCUGGCUCAGUACCAGAAGUGGGACAAGAUGAGGAGGGCUCUGGAGUACACUAUCUAUAACCAGGAGCUCAACGAGACACGCGCCAAGCUGGAUGAGUUGUCCUCUAAGAGAGAGACCUGUGGAGACAAGUCCAGACAUCUGAGAGAUGCCCAGCAGGAUGCCAGAGACAAAGUAGAGGAGACGGAGCGUGUGGUGCGUGAGAAGAAGUCUAAGAUCAGUGCCAUGAAGGAGGAGAAGGAGCAGCUGAGCUCAGAGAGACAGGAGCAGAUUAAACAGAGGACCAAGCUGGAGCUCAAAUCCAAAGACCUGCAGGAGGAGCUGGCCGGCAACAGCGAACAGAAGAAACGUCUGCUGAAGGAGCGGCAGAAGCUGCUAGAGAAGAUAGAGGAGAAGCAGAAGGAGCUGCAGGAGACUGAGCCCAAGUUCAACACUGUGAAGGAGAGGGAGGAGAGGGGCAUCGCCAGACUGGCCCAGGCCACCCAGGAGAGAACAGACCUGUACGCCAAGCAGGCCGUGGCAGUCAGUUUAUCUAAAGAGGAGAGGGACAAGUGGAUCAAGAAGGAACUCAAGUCCCUGGACCAGGCCAUCAACGACAAGAAGAGGCAGAUUGCUGCCAUCCAUAAAGACCUGGAGGACACUGAGACCAACAGGAAGAACCUGGAACAGUAUAGUAAACUGGACCAGGACCUGAAUGUGAAGACCAGGGUGGAAGAGCUGGACAAGAAAUACUACGAAGUCAAGAAUAAGAAGGACGAGCUGCAGAGCGAGAGAAGUAACUAUCUGUGGCGGGAGGAGAACGCUGAGCAGCAGGCCCUGGCAGCCAAACGAGAGGAGCUGGAGAAGAAACAACAGCUCCUUAGAGCAGCCACCGGCAAGGCCAUUCUGAACGGUAUUGACAGCAUCAACAAGGUGCUGGAGCAUUUCCGCAGAAAGGGGAUCAACCAGCACGUCAUCAACGGUUACCAUGGCAUCGUCAUGAACAACUUUGAGUGUGAGCCCGCCUUCUACACCUGUGUGGAGGUCACCGCGGGAACCAGGUUGUUCUACCACAUAGUGGAGACAGACGAGGUGAGCACCAAGAUCCUGACGGAGUUCAACAAGAUGAACCUGCCUGGAGAGGUCACCUUCCUGCCCCUCAGCAAGCUGGACGUCAGGGACACCGCCUACCCUGAGACCAACGAUGCCAUCCCCAUGAUCAGCAAGCUGCGCUACAGCCAGCAGUUUGACAAGGCCUUCAAGCACGUGUUUGGAAAGACCCUGAUCUGUCGUAGCAUGGAGGUGUCCACCCAGCUGGCCAGGGCAUUCACCAUGGACUGUAUAACUCUGGAGGGUGACCAGGUGUCCCACCGCGGGGCGCUGACAGGGGGUUACUAUGACACCAGGAAGUCACGUCUGGAGCUGCAGAAGGACAUGAGGAAGGCUGAGGAGGAGCUGGGAGAGYUGGAGGCCAAACUCAACGAGAACCUCCGCAGGAACAUCGAACGUAUCAACAAUGAGAUCGACCAGCUGAUGAACCAGAUGCAGCAGAUUGAGACCCAGCAGAGGAAGUUCAAGGCCUCCAGAGACUCCAUCCUGUCUGAGAUGAAGAUGCUCAAGGAGAAGAGGCAGCAGUCCGAGAAGACUUUCAUGCCGAAGCAACGUUCACUGCAGUCUCUAGAGGCUAGUCUCCAUGCCAUGGAGUCCACCAGGGAGUCUCUGAAGGCUGAGCUGGGGACAGACCUGCUCUCUCAGCUCAGUCUGGAGGACCAGAGACGUGUGGAUGACCUCAACGACGAGAUCAGACAGCUGCAGCAGGACAACAGGCAGCUGCUGAAUGAGAGGAUCAAGCUGGAGGGGAUCAUGACCAGGGUGGAGACGUACCUCAACGAGAACCUACGGAAACGCCUCGACCAAGUAGAACAGGAGUUGAAUGAGCUGAGAGAGACGGAGGGAGGCACCAUGCUCACAGCCACCUCCUCAGAGCUGGAGGGAAUCAACAAACGCAUCAAAGAUACACUGGCACGCUCAGAGGACCUGGACGUGUUGAUUGACAAGGCRGAGAUUGAGGUCAAGGACCAYGCCAAGAGCAUGGACCGCUGGAAGAACGUAGAGAAGGAACAGAACGACGCCAUCAACCAUGACACCAAGGAGUUGGAGAAGAUGACCAACCGACAGGGCAUGCUGCUGAAGAAGAAAGAGGAGUGCAUGAAGAAGAUCAGGGAGCUGGGGUCCUUACCACAGGAGGCCUUCGAGAAGUACCAGACCCUCACACUUAAACAGCUGUUCCGUAAGCUAGAGCAGUGCAACACAGAGCUGAAGAAGUACAGCCACGUGAACAAGAAGGCCCUGGACCAGUUUGUCAACUUCUCUGAGCAGAAGGAGAAGCUGAUCAGGCGCCAGGACGAGCUGGAGCGAGCAAAGUCCAUCAUGGAGCUCAUGAACGUGCUGGAGCUCAGGAAGUACGAGGCCAUCCAGCUCACAUUCAAACAGGUGUCUAAGAACUUCAGUGAGGUGUUCCAGAAGCUGGUUCGGGGCAAGGCCACCCUGGUGAUGAAAAAGGGUGACACGGAGGGAGGUCAGUCCAGGACGAGGGGGAGGGGGGCACUGACAGGCGAAAGGGCUCAGGCUCUCGAGCAGUGUGCCCUCUGUAACCAGUUCACCGGAGUCGGCAUCAGGGUGUCGUUCACGGGGAAGCAGGGGGAGAUGAGGGAGAUGCAGCAGCUCUCUGGAGGUCAGAAGUCCCUGGUGGCCCUGGCCCUCAUCUUCGCCAUCCAGAAGUGUGACCCUCCUUUCUACCUGUUUGAUGAGAUCGACCAGGCCCUGGACGCACAGCACAGAAAGGCUGUCUCGGAUAUGAUUGUAGAGCUGGCGGGCCAUGCCCAGUUUAUCACCACUACGUUCAGACCUGAGCUUCUGGAGUCAGCCGACAAGUUCUACGGAGUCAAGUUCAGAAACAAGGUGAGUCACAUUGACGUGAUCUCGGCAGAGCAGGCGAAAGACUUUGUGGAGGACGACACUACCAUGGUUAAGAAUAAACAACUCUUCCAUCUUCCUCAUCCACCUCCGUAGUGCACUGCUAACUCUGAGCCUUCAGUCCUCUCCACUCCGACAGAACUCAACCAGAACUCUAUGGUCAGCCAUUAUUGGAAUCUAUUCUCAUUCUAGCGUCAGAACUCCCAGGUCCAUCGUCUAGCGCUCAGUAGCUCCACACUGUUCCCUCCUCUAUGACAUCGUUAUGACGACAUCCAUCAUCUAGCGCUCAGUAGCUCCACCACUGUUCCCUCCUCUAUGACAUCGUUAUGACGACAUCCAUCAUCUAGGCUCAGUAGCUCCACCACUGUUCCCUCCUCUAUGACAUCGUUAUGACGACAUCCAUCAUCUAGCGCUCAGUAGUCUCACCACUGUUCCCUCCUCUAUGACAUCGUUAUGACGACAUCCAUCAUCUAGCGCUCAGUAGCUCCACCACUGUUCCCUCCUCUAUGACAUCGUUAUGACGACAUCCAUCGUCUUAGCGGCCGAGGAGGAAAAUACAACGUUAAUUUUGUUUUUUUUCUGGACUUUUUUAUUUUAUUUUUAACACGUUUUCAAGUGGUCAUGUUGAUGUUUGAGAUGAGGGUUGAAUUUCAGUGCUGGCGCAGCCUUUGACCUCAUUGUAUGUAAUAGGAAAUGGAACUUUUCAGAUUCAAAUGCAUGUUAUUUUUUUUAUUUGAAACUGUUGGUCUGUGCUGAUGUUGUGCUGAUGAUUUUUCAUCAUAAAUUGGUUGGUCACUUUGAAUCUCAAACUGUGAGGUAAAGUGAAAGACAGAAAUAAUAACCAGUUUGUCAGAAUAAUCUUCCAUGUUUAAGAUAUGACAUAUUAUUAACUUGUUGUAACGUCGUUACCGAAAAUGGUUUGAAACAUUCGUAACAUUUUUUUAUUCUUUCUUUUUGUUAACGGCGUCUUGGCAUUCCCUGUUGUAGGUCAUUGUCUUGUAACCAGUUAGUCUAUCACUGACUGCAGCAUUUGAACUAGUUGUUUUCUCCCUGUUACUCUAUUGAAAAUAAUAAAAAAUCGUAUAAGGACAUUUCCUGA